GCCCCGGCAGGGGCUGCGGAAGUGGCUGCACGAUGGCGGCGGCGGCGGCGGUGUCGGAGCCCUGGCCUGAGCUGGACCUGGCGGAGCGGGAGCGGCGGCGGGAGCUGCUGCUGACGGGGCCCGGGCUGGAGCAACGGGUGCGCGAGGCGGGCGGGCGCCUGCCGCCGCGGCUCUUCACGCUGCCGCUGCUGCACUACCUGGAGGUGAGCGGCUGCGGGAGCCUGCGCGAGCCGGGCCCGGGCCUGGCACAGGGCCUCCCGCAGCUGCACAGCCUGGUGCUGCGGCGCAACGCUCUGGGACCCGGCCUGACCCCCGAGCUCGGCCCGCUGCCAGCGCUGCGCGUGCUCGACCUGUCGGGCAACGCGCUGGAGGCGCUGCCGCCGGGCCAGGGCCUGGGCCCCGCGGAGCCGCCGUCCCUCCCGCAGCUGCAGAGCCUCAACCUCAGCGGCAACCGGCUGCGCGAGCUGCCCGCCGACCUGGCGCGCUGUGCCCCGCGCCUGCAGACCCUCAACCUCACCGGCAACCGCCUGGACGCCUUCCCCGCCGCGCUCUUCCAGCCCGGCGCGCUGCCGCUGCUCAGCGAACUGGCGGCCGCAGACAACUGCCUGCGGGAGCUCAGCCCCGGCAUCGCCCACCUGGCCUCGCUCAAGACCCUGGACCUGUCCAACAACCAGCUGAGCGAGAUCCCGGCCGAGCUGGCCGACUGCCCCAAGCUCAAGGAGAUCAACUUCCGCGGGAACCAGCUGCGGGACAAGCGCCUGGAGAAGAUGGUGUGCGGCUGCCAGACCAGGUCCAUCCUGGAGUACCUGCGGGCCGGGGGCCGAGGGUGCUGCCGCGGCCGGGGCAGGGCCGAAGGCCCCGAGAAGGAGGAGGGCCGGAGGAAGAGGAGGGAACGGAGGAAGCGGGACAGCGGGGAGGGCGAGGAGGCAGCGGUGGACGAGGCCAGCCGGCUGCUGCUCAGGGUCCUGCACGUGUCCGAGAACCCCGCCCCGCUGACGGUCAGGGCGAGCCCCGAGGUCAAGGACGUGCGGCCCUUCAUCGUGGGCGCCGUCGUGCGGGGCAUGGACCUGCGGCCCGGGAAUGCGCUCAAGCGGUUCCUCUCCUGCCAGACAAAGCUGCACGAGGACCUUUGCGAGAAGAGGACAGCGGCCACCAUCGCGACGCACGACCUCAGAGCCAUCCGAGGGCCCCUGCUGUACACCGCCCGCCCGCCGCAGGACCUCAAGAUCGUCCCUUUGGGGCGCCGGGAAGUCAAGGCCAAGGACCUGGUGCGGCAGCUGCAGCUGGAGGCCGAGGAGCACAGGAAGCAGAAGAAGAGGCAGAAUGUGUCGGGCCUGCACAGGUACCUCCACCUGCUGGACGGGCAGGAGCGCUACCCGUGCCUCCUGGAUGCCGAUGGCGACGCGAUUUCCUUCCCGCCGAUAACCAACAGCGAGAAGACCAAGAUAAAGAAAACCACUUGCGAUCUGUUCCUGGAGGUGACGAGUGCGGCCAGCCUGCAGAUCUGCAAGGACAUCCUGGAUGCCCUCAUCCUGAAAAUGGCAGAACUGAACAAGUACACUUUGGAAAACAAAGAGGAAAGCUCCCUCUCCGACCCUGAGGCCGAUGCCGAGGCUGGACCCCCUUCGGAUGCCAGGGUGGCCCCCACAGCCGAGCAGGACAGGCGCGCCCCACUGGUGGUGGAGCAGGUCCGGGUGGUGGACCAGGACGGGCAGCUGAAGGUGGUGUAUCCAUCCAAGACGGACCUGGACCUCGCCGCAGCACACGUGACCGUGACCCGCUGACGCCAGGCCGCCGGGGCUCCCGGGGUCACAGAGGAAAUGACUCCCUCCCCUCUGUGUUUAAGACAUGUGCGUUCUCUGUUCAGUUUUCCAGAUGAUUCUGCCUUGGGGGGGAGCUUGUUGUCGUGAGCUUAAAUCGUUUUGCCUCUAAGCACCAAACUGGCUUUACUAAUGCUUUUUAUGAAAGGACUUGAAUGUUGGGAUUAACUGCUUGGAGUGUUUUGAAAUCAUGUAGACACACAGCCAAUAACUGUGUUUCCCCCGAGGAAAAGGAUGCUGUAACUGGUUUGAAUUCAGGUCUAAGCGGAGAAGCGAAACAACACGCAUUUUACUGGACUGCAGUUAUUUUUCUACGAUGCUGUACCUUUUAAAGUCCUCCCGCGCCAGCAUGCAGCUCACGCUGUGGGCUGAUGUCAUGUGUUCCAGUUCCUGAAAAUCAUCUUCUCAUAAACAAAACGUUACUGUGACGUCAGAA